ACCAAUGUUUAGUUAAGUUUGGAACGUGUAACCGUUAAAACGUACUUUUUCGCACGGAAGUAAAAUAAACAAAAAAUAAAACGACACAACACUAACCAUUAGCUCGAACAACGAACAACGAUCAACAGCAACGGUAACUUCUGCUUCCAACAAAAGUGCACAGAAAAAUUUUGUUUUUGUUACUGACUUAACGUGUAAACGUAUGCAAAUUUUGGGAAAAAAAUAAAAAAUAUUAAUUGAAACUAUCAAAAAAGAAGAAUAACAUAAAUAUUAAUGCAAUAAAACUUUUAAUUUCUGAAAAGACAAAUAGAAAUAUAAAAACAACAAAAGAAGCAUUUAAACACAAUAUGGCUUUUAAAUUUAUUAUUUUGGCCCUUAUGGUGUCUUAUGUUCACUGUGUACCCGUCGAAUCGAUUGAAUGUCCCGAGAAAUAUGGCGUUCAGGCUUAUGCCCAUACCGAACAUUGCGAUCAAUUCUUUUUGUGCACCAAUGGCACUAUAACUUUGGAAACAUGUGAAAAUGGUUUAUUGUUCGAUGGCAAGGGAGCUGUACACAAUCAUUGCAACUACAAUUGGGCUGUCGACUGCAAGGGCAGACAAUGGGAUCCUACACCCAUUUCAACACCUGGUUGUGAGUAUCAAUUUGGUAUUUAUCCCGUUUCGAAAGAAUGUUCAACCACCUAUAUUAAGUGUGCCCAUGGUGAACCAAUUGAACAAGAAUGUGAUGCUGGUUUGGCUUAUGAUGAACGUAUACAUGGCUGUAACUGGCCCGAUCAAUUGUUGGAAACUUGUAAUCCAGAAGCUGUUGUUGGCUUCAAGUGCCCAACUAAAGUUGAUGGUCCAGCUGCCCGUUUCUGGCCUUUCCCACGUUUCCCUGUACCCGGCGAUUGUCAUCGUUUAAUCACUUGUGUCGAAGGACACCCUCGUCUUAUUACCUGCGGCGAAGAUAAAGUGUUCGAUGAAACCACUUUGACCUGUGAAGAUCCCGAAGAGGCUCAUUCAAAAUGUGGUGGUGGUUUUGGAAAAUAAACUUCUUACUCUUGAAAAACUUUUACUUUUUUCUU